AUGUUAUGCCAUUCUGAAUUCUCCAACGAUAUUGCAUAUCGCCCGCGAUCCGCCCCAGCUUGGCGCGCUCAUUUGGACGGUGCGCGGCGCAUCCUCGAGCUACCCACCCCUGGGCAAAGUGUCGAAAGCACAGGCGUGGUCACCUUCCUGGCUGGAUUCCUGGCGUCACAUAGUGUACUUGCAUACACCACUCUUGUCAAUCCGGAUGAUGCAGAAGUCCUAUUUCGAGGCGGGACUUUUUGGCUGCAAAAGAUCGCGCGACCGCCACAGGAGAUUGACAAUUACACGAAUUGUUCGACUGAGCUCCUCUCCAUCAUCCUAGAAACUUGUCACCGGGUUCGUCAACGCAAAAACCACAAACUCUCGUGUGAAUGCUCAUCACUCCAAAUCUGGAAACGGGAGACGCAGGCUCGCCUGCUUCACCUCAUUCAAUUUCACGCGUCGAUCCAACCUCCGUCAUCGCCUAUCACUAUCACUCCCCUUUCUAAUCCAAUCACUGAAUAUCCACCUCCAAUACCAGCUGUUAAUCGCACCGCCGAAGCCUUUCGCCAUACUGCAAUUAUUCUCCUCCAAUACAUUAAUACCGAUUACUCUUUUGACAAGAAUCCACUAGUCAAAGAGAGCGUCACAAUAUUGCUCAGCCUCAUGAAUGCCGGCGUACCCAUCCCACCGCCCGGGAAAUCUGGUCGCUCCGUCUUCUUGUGGCCGUAUUUUAUUGCUGCAUGCCACGUACAGAGUGACGAGGAUCGAGCUGUCGUUUUGAAGAACCUUCAGCAAUUGGAGCGUAUCGCGGCGACGGUGGGCAACAACGCGGUUCAGUGUGUAAGAGAGAUAAUCGAGGGGGUGUGGAAGCAAAGGGAUCUCAGCGGUGACCGGAGUAGCGGCAAUUUUAGUGCCAAGGGAGGUUGCUUCUGCGCAUUGGCUCUAGGUGGCGACCCAACCGACAAGGAUGAGCCGUGUUUCGCAUGGGAGGUGGUAAUGAGGUCCUUGAGAUACACCUUUGACUGGGCUUGA